AUGCCUCGAGGCCCGCCCCCUGCUAUGGUGUUGAUCUCCGCCAUUGCCCUCUUUAUAUGGUACAUUGUCUGGACUCGCGAUCACGAGCGACCCAUGACGGCUCUCUCCCACGCCGACCGCUUCCAACACACAUUGCAACAGCAACAAGACCUAGCCGAUAUCCCCAAUGUAACAGCCACCCCCGAGACGUUACACGGCGACCACGUUAUGGGCAAGCUCGGCAAUGAAACCCUCAAAGCAGAACUGGGCCGCGCAGCCUGGAAAGUCCUCCACACUACCAUGGCACGAUUCCCGGACAAGCCGACGCAAGACGAAAGUGAUGCGCUCAAGAGCUACGUCUACCUCUUCGCCCGCCUGUACCCGUGCGGCGAAUGUGCAGAGCAUUUCCAGCAGAUUCUCAAGAAGUAUCCUCCACAGACGUCUUCCCGGUCGAGUGCCGCAGCCUGGGCAUGCUUCGUGCACAACGUGGUGAAUGAAAGCAAGGGCAAACCGGUCUUUGACUGUGCCAACAUUGGUGACUUCUAUGACUGUGGUUGUGCAGAUGAUGAAAAAGAAGCACUGGCCAAGGCCGGAGCAAAGAGCGAGGCUAUCGCCACCCAGGGACAUAAUGCGAAGCAGGAGCCCGUCGAGAUCGAGGUCGAGGGUGAAACAAGAGGCGGUUGA